AUGUCUUACCUCAACGGAAACAAAUUCUCCCUGUCUGAGGAUUCUGGGUUCUCGUCGCUCAGCACCUUUGAUUUGAAGCCCAGUAUUACUGAUUCGAACUACAUUCUGGUCAAGUUGACUGGUCCUCUGGACCGAUCCAAGAAGCGGAUUCUCUCUGAGUUGCACAUCCAAGUGCAGCAGUUUCUUGGCGACAAUACCUUCAAGUGCCGUUACGAGCCUACCGAUAUCGAUCUCAUCAGGGAACAAGAUUUCAUUGAAAAUGUCGAAGUUCUUUCCCCUCUCCUGAAGCUUCCUCCGAGCCUGAAGACCCAAAGCAACUAUGAGUCCCAUGACGAGCCAAAGUCAGUGGACCUCAUUUUGCAUCAAGCUGCCGACAAAUCUGCUGAGGUCUUGAUGGAAGAAAUCAGUCAAAUUACUGGCAUCUCUCCAAAGAAUAUGAGUGUCCGCGCAGACAGCUCUAUUAUUCGAGCACAAAUUUCCCCGAGAGACUUGUUGGAGGUUGCCAAGAUUGAUAGCGUUGGGGCUAUUGAGGAGGUUCACAACCUAACGUUGCUGAACAACGUCGCUCGAGAUGUCAUCCAUGCUGAUAUCGGGGAUUCCGGGGUUGGCAGUCUUACAUGUUACAAAGGAAAAGGACAAGUUGUCACAGUCGCUGAUACUGGCUUUGAUAUGGGCGACAAGGCCAAUACGCAUCCUGCUUUCGCCAACAGAGUGCGCGAUCUUAUCCCAAUUGGACGGGAAAAAUUAACAAGUGACACGAACGGCCACGGCACCCAUGUCUGUGGGUCAGUCCUGGGAAACGGCAAGUCAGACGCUAUGGGUGGCUCAAUUCAAGGAGCUGCACCCGAGGCAACAUUGGUUGUUCAGGCCCUCCUCGCAGACAACGGUAGACUUUUCGGUUCCUCGGGUAAGACUCUGGGGGACCUCCUGCGAGAUGCCUAUGAGAACCAUGGAUCUCGAAUUCACACCAAUUCAUGGGGUCCUCAGUGGGACUGGAGAGGCCAGUUACCAUACAACAAUGCUUCAGAAGAGAUUGACAACUUUGUUUGGGGUCAUCAAGACCUUGUCGUGUGUUUUGCUGCUGGAAACAGUGGCAAGGCAGCGACCCGCAAGGGCCACAUUGGUGCACAGCCAGCUGCAAAGAACUGCAUCACCGUAGGCUCGUGCGAGAAUCUGCGAUCUUCCCAAGAUCACACCUGUGAAGUGUAUGAUGCCAAGGGAUUGGUCAAAGGAAAUCCUGACAACAUCUCCGGAUUCAGCAGCCGGGGACCUACCAUGGAGGGUCGGAUCAAACCCGACAUUGUAGCACCUGGAGGAAUGAUUCUGUCCACUGCUUCUCGAGCCUGUCAACUAAGCAGCACAUUUGGAAAUAGCGAUGAUAAGCUUUGGCAAUUCUUGUCGGGCACAAGCAUGGCCACUCCCUUGGUUGCCGGAUGCGUGGCUGUGCUGCGCGAGAUGCUCAUUGCAAAUGGCCUCCCAAAUCCCAGCGCCGCUCUACUCAAGGCCCUUCUGAUCAACGGUGCAGUGGACACCGGAAAUAAGCGAGAGCUUCAAGGCUUUGGUCGGGUCGAUCUAGCUAGAUCGAUGAUCAUUAAGGGAAAGACCCUCAACCGCGACUUUCUUGAAGGUGAAGUCGCGGAUGAGGAUUUGAAGGAUCAAUUCACAACUUCCUUCAACAUGGGUCGUUAUACGGAUGAUUCCACACCAUUCUCAACCUUGAAGGUGACUAUGGUUUACACAGAUGUUGCGGGAGCGUUGCUGCAGAACAACCUUAACCUGUCCGUAAUUGUUGAAAUCCCAGGUCAAGACCGCCGUGUCCGAUAUGGCAACCAGGGUGAGCAGGAGAAUAUUGAUCCCGCUCCUUCUGACGGGGUCAACACGGUUGAACAAAUUGUCUGGAAGAAUCUGAAAAAAGAGGCGACUGUGACAUUCACUGUUGCAGUAGGAGGAACCAUGAUGGCCGAUGUCCAGCCUUUUGCGCUAGUCUGGAGCGUUGAAAUCGAUACGGAGGUGAAGCAGUAG